CGAUUUUGCUCAAGUAAACAUUAUUUCUGUUAUAAUUUGUAAAUGAUUUACUUAUUAACCGUUUGGACCUCUAAUUAUAAAAAAUGAGUUCUAAAAAAGGCAGAAAAUCGAAACAUUUUCCUAUCGCGGAAUCUGUGAGCAUUGCUUUGAAGAUCCAGUUGGAUAAAUUCCUCAGCGACGAUAAUGAGACUGAGUUGAAGUUUCCUACUUUCCUUUCGGCUCAAGAGCGUGGCUUUAUCCAUGAAACCGUUGCCAAAUUAGGGCUGAAGUCCAUAUCGCGCGGGAAAGGUGUAAAUCGCUUUUUAACAAUUUACAAGCGUUCGGGUUCCACAAUUAUUCAGAAUGAUGCCAAACUGAUCUUGGACUCAAAUAUGAGAUGCACAAUUGCAGAGCUAUUCAAUGCGUUCCCAAUCACCAGCAAAGAGAAAGAUGACCUCAGCAGUUGCCCGGAGAAGGAACGAAGUCCACAACUAGUGCACAAGUCCUUGGGGCAAUUGAGCAAUGGAGUUGCACAGGUGCCAAAUACAACAUAUAAUCCAGAAUUGUUAAAGUUCAGGGAAAAGCUUCCAGUGUAUGAACAGAGGCAGGAGUUGAUUAAUGCUAUCACUCAGAAUCAGGUAAUAAUCGUGGCCGGCGCAACAGGCUGCGGCAAGACUACGCAGCUGCCACAGCUGGUGCUGGAUCACUGCCAGGAGCGCAAGCUGCCAGCGCGCAUUUACUGUACACAGCCAAGAAGGAUAUCUGCAGUCUCCGUCGCCGAAAGAGUAGCAUACGAACGGAUGGAAAAAAUAGGUCAAACAGUGGGGUACCAGAUUCGGUUAGAGUCUCGGGUGUCCCCACGAACAGUACUCACGUACUGCACUAACGGAGUACUGCUGAGGACACUCAUGACGGGAGACACCUCUUUGUCAGGGGUGUCGCACGUGUUCGUGGACGAGGUGCACGAGCGCGACAAGUUCAGCGACUUCCUGCUGAUCGCGCUGCGCGACGCGCUGCCCCGCGCGCCCGACCUCAAGCUCGUGCUCAUGUCCGCCACCAUGGACACGCACAUCUUCUCCAGGUACUUCAAUAACUGUCCCGUGGUGACGAUUCCGGGUCGUCUGUACGAGGUGCAGCGGUACUAUCUCGAAGACGUACUCAAGAUCACGCAGUACAAGACCAAGAACAUGCUGAAGGCCGAAAAAGAUUUGAAACACAAGUUGAAGACCGGGCAGAGCUACUGGUCGCAUCUUGAAGGUCAAAAGAAAUUAGACGAAGGGAGCGGUUCAAGUAGCAGUAAAGAUAGAGAAGAGAACGAAAACGCGCUAGAUCCCGCACUGCAAGCCGAUAUGGACGAAUUCCUGGAGGAGUGCUUCAAGGAGGGCAGCUUGGACUCGUUCUGCCAGAUCCUGUACAUGUACCUGUCGGAGGGCGUGCCGGUGCAGAGCGCGCACAGCGCCUCGGGCCGCACGGGGCUGAUGGCCGCGGCGCAGCACGGCCUCACCGAGACCGCCACGCAGAUCCUGCAGAUCGGUGGCGACGCCGCGGCGAAGGACCGGGACGGCAAGACGGCCUACGACUACGCGGUCGCGGGCGGCCACGCCGAGUGCGCCCGAGUCCUGGCCGCGUUCGACCGCGCUGACGAGGCCAAGGACAAGACCGACGAAGACGACGCGGUCGACGACUUCCUGCUGGACGUCUACCACCACAGCGUAUCGGAGGAACUUAUUGACCACAACUUGAUGCUCGCCCUCAUCAAACACAUCCACGUCAAUCUUCAGAAGGGGUCGAUCCUCGUAUUCCUUCCCGGUUACGACGACAUCGUCACCCUGAGGGACAUGAUCCAGGGAUGCCCCGAGAUGAACGUCCACAAGUACCAAAUCUUUACGCUUCACAGCAAUAUGCAAACCAUCGAUCAAAAAAAAGUGUUCAAUCCGUUGCCGAAUGCUAGGAAGAUUAUCAUUUCGACCAACAUCGCUGAAACUUCGAUCACGAUCGACGACGUAGUGUACGUCGUGGAUUCGUGCAAAGUGAAGGAGAAGUAUUACGAGUCGAAUGGGGGCGUGUGCUCUCUGCAAUGCGUAUGGACUUCGAGAGCCUGUUGCCAGCAAAGAGCCGGUCGGGCCGGUAGGACAAAACCUGGGCACUGUUUCCACAUGUGCUCAAAACGAAGAUUCAAGACGCUACCUCUUAAUUCAAUACCAGAAAUCCUACGCGUCCCGUUGCAGGAGCUCUGCCUUCAUACAAAAUUGCUAGCUCCGGGAAACACACCUAUUGCAGAUUUUCUAUCGAAAGCACUGGAGCCGCCUUCAUUCUUAGCUGUAAGAAAUGCCGUGGCGCUAUUAAAAACGAUCGGAGCCUUGACGCCCAUGGAAGACCUAACAGAAAUCGGUCAACAUUUGCUAGACCUGACAGUGGAACCGAAAUUGGGUAAAAUGCUGCUCUAUGCCUGCGUCAUGAAGUGCCUGGAUCCAAUACUGACAAUUGUAUGCAGUUUAGCAAACAAGGAACCGUUCCAGAUAUCUUUGAACCCAGAAAAUAGGAAGAGAGGAAGUACAGCAAGAAAGGAAUUUGCGGCGGACAGUUACUCAGACCACAUGUCGUUGCUUCGAGCUUUCCAAGCUUGGCAAACCGCUCGUGCCAACGGAACUGAAAGAGUUUUCUGUGCCAAAAACCUGAUUUGUGGUGCGACCAUGGAAAUGAUUGUAGGUUAUCGAUCUCAAUUGCUUGCUCAGCUUCGAGCUUUGUGCCUUGUCAAAGCGAGAGGAUCCGGAGACAUUAAGGACGUCAAUUUGAACUCUGAGAAAUGGCAUGUCGUGAAAGCCGUCCUUGUCAGCGGAUUGUAUCCGUCCAUUGCCCGAAUAGACAGAGAUUCUUGCACAUUGAGAACCUCGAAAGAAGUGAAGGUGGCUUUCCACCCCAGUUCAACGUUAAAUCGAGGUGGAGGCGCGUCAGGCUCUCAUAAGUCAGUGGAGAGCCUUCCUACUGAUUGGGUGGUAUUUGAAGAGAUUUCGCGGGCUGGGAGGUUGUGUUUCAUCAGAUGCAACACGUUGGUGACUCCAUUGACAGUGGCCUUGUUCGGUGGUCCUUUAAGGUUGCCAUCCGGAGCACUGACUCAAAGAGCGAAUCCUCCAGGAUUGUCCAGCGAUUCAGACUCAGAAGCUGAUGAAAACAAUUCCUCUCCAGAUACAGCAGUGUUAACCCUCGAUGAUUGGAUGGCAUUUACUGCUGAUGCUUCUGACGCUAUCAGCGUAUAUUACCUACGUCAGAAGUUAUGCGCUUUAGUGAUUCGCAGAAUGUCGAACCCCGCAAAACCAAUGACACCUCUGGAUGAACAGAUCUUGAACACUGUUGUCCACGUGUUGGGUGCUGAGGAGAAGAACGUCGGUCUUAAUCAACCCAGUGGAAUCGGUCAGCGACCGAAACCAUUAACUCUCGAUUCUGCCAACUGGAGGAUGAGGGUCGAUGAUGAUCAGUACAGGAAUAAUGACAACAAGUACCAAGGUUAUCCUCAGUACCAGAAUCAGGAGUAUGGGAACAAUUUUUACCAGAACCAAUAUUACAGGAAUGGACAAGGGAGACCUGGAUGGAGGAACGAUCAGAUGCCUCAAGGUUUUUCUCCAUCGUCGUAUAGUGGACCUAAAAGCCCGAUGUCUCCGAACGGGAAGACGUUGUUGGCGAAUAUAGAGAAAUAUGCAGAAAAUAAUGAGAACAACGUGCGAUACUUCGUGGUGAAGACCGAUGACAUUCACAGCGUGGAAGCCGCGGCGCAGAAUAAUGGCACUUUCGCGUUCUCGCCGAAUACGGCCAAGAAAUUGCAGAAGGUUAAACAGGAGGGCCACCGCGUGGUGCUGUUCUUCUCGUGCGCGGCCUCGUCCAAGUUCGUGGGCUGCGCGUCGUUGCUGGACCCCAACGGCACCCUGGACUGGGCGCACGCCCACCAGCUGCCCUUCCACAUGGUGCGACACAUAUCAAACUCCCUGGCUGGGGGGGCACGCAUCGCAGGUGCGAGAGACGGAACGGAAUUGUGUCCGGCAUCCGGACGGGCGUUGUACGCGGCUUUGCAGCAGCACACGCGGCGGCGACCGCACCAACAUCCGCAUUCACAUCCACGACCAAUACAAAAACAAAACCCCGACCAAUAGGUAAUGAUAACCGAGAGUGCGCGUGCGACUAAAUGACCUUCCGAUUGAUUUUGGUUUGUAUAAGGCAGCGAAGCCAGAGUCCUCGAAUCGAUAAUUACGUUUCGUUACCAAAAAAGUUAAAAUUUUGCUGCAAAUGAUUUUGAAGAUAAUUUUGUAUUUCGAUACCUAAUGUUAUGAAAAAAUUUGGUUAGUGAAAAGUCAUCAAAUUUAGUGUAGAAUGAUCGGUAGUUACGAAUGUACGAAAAAUGAUACGUCAGUAUAUGAGGAGAGGGGCGAUUGUAAUCAAACUUUAAUUCACAGUAUUUUUUAAACCAAGAGUCUCCCAUCAAUAUAAAUGUUAUUUAUUAAACGUUUUUUGAUGAUGUAUUUUAAAAUGAAUUUUGUCACCACUUGUUUUUAGUUUGAUAAGUUUUUGUAGCUUUUUGUUUUCAAAGUAUCUCUUAAAUUAUUGUGGUUUAAUUAAUUUUGGCUGUUAGAAGUAUGUCAUUCAUUUAAGGUCAAAAUUAAUCAUAAUUUUGCGUUAAUAAAAUUUGUAGGAGUUACAUUUUCGGUCUGUAAACUAAAUGUAUGACGAUUAGCAUAAGUUAUUUUUGUUGUUUGGUUUAAUUUUCAGGUUUCAGUAUGCGCAAGCGCAUCUAUAGAUUCUAGUUUUAAUUUGCAGUCCAACAAGUGAAUUGCUUUCACAUUUUGGUUGGAUCACACUAGGUCCCACGCUUUUAGUAUGCGCAAGUGCAUCGUGCGUUACAAUCUUUAUUUAUUGUCCAACAAGUGACAUUUUACUACAUAAGUCAACAGUCUGUCUGCUAUUUAUAUCGUAGUUAUUUAAUUUACGGACCACAAAUUAACAUUGGUAUUUUAUUAUGUAACCAUUUUGAUUUCACAAAAUGGAGUGUGCUCAUGUUCUCGUGUACAUAUUGAAUGAUUGUUUGAUUUUAGAAGCUUUUAGUUCAACUAAGUUUAUUUUGUGUGAUCGCAUACGUUUGUUAUUAGCAUCCUAGUUCAUCGUCAGUAUUUAAUUUAACAACUUAACACGUACUACUGGAAAUCGUGUUCUCUGCAGAAGUAAGUAACUACUAUACGAGCUGGUUAGGAAAGACGGUGUAUUUAAAAAGUCUGCAUCAAAAUUAUUUCCUGAAAAGUGUAUCUUAUCACAUAACAUAACGUCAAAAUUUGCCGUUUGAAAAGUGAUAGUUUGUGUACUUUCGACCGAUGUGUUAAAAGAACUACUGAGAAUUUACCUUCUUUUACAAUGUAACUCGCAUAUACAUAUAUAUUUAAAAAUUGUAUAAUAUAUAACAGUCUAUACCUAUUUACAUAAAAAAGCAUUGAGGCCAUUUUAUUGUGCCGCUCGCACUAUUGGUUGGUUCGUCCAGAAACGAUCUGAUAAUGAUGAUACGCGUAUCAAAUUAAGUUGGAGGUAUUUUUCAUUGGUAAUUGCUUUAAUUUGCUUCUAGGACCAAUUUAUAGUGAGCCGAAAUAUAUAAACAGAAUAUCAUAUCACACCUUCAAUAACAAAGUGACCAAAUUCCGAAAGUAACUUUUGUGUAAACUGACAAAAUGGAUUAAAAAAAUAACAUUAGUGUCACCGCAUACUGGUGACAAAUUUGACAUUUGAUAUGAAACACAAUACACAUAUCGUGACUCAAUAUUUCGUAUGAUUGGAAAUUUAGUGAAAUAUUUCUUUUUUUUCUAAUAAAUAAAUAGCUAAAUUGGAACUUCAUCAAAAUCCAUUCCAUUUUUUUUAACAUAAAUUUCCGAAUGCAUUUUUUUCUUGGCCUGUUUCCUAAAUGUUUUUUUCCGAUUUUCGUCACUAUGUAAUUUAAGGGUGCAAUACAAACAAUGUUGUAUAGAAGUCGGAAUACAUUGUCUUCUGCCUUCUGCUCGUGCUGCAUUUACCAUUAAAUAUUUGUGUGUUUGGUACGGAACCAACCAGUGCUUCUAUAGUACUUCUAGAGUCUAUAUAAGCUUUCAGCUGUCUGUUGUUCAAAACUAGAUUUAGUUAGAAAAUGCCUACUAUUGUAGCAAAAACGAAACUAAAUGCGUUCCUGUACAAGGGACCGAUUUCAUAUAUUAUAUAUUUAGCAAUUUUUUUUACUAUUAGACCAAAAAAAAUUUUACUAUUCUAGCAACAAUGUUGAGUUUAGACUUUGCACAGGGAACCUUUUCCCUUAUUCGAAUAGCUUUAGUUAAAUUAUUUUACCCAAACUUUUAACCUAAAAGUGGAAUAAGAUUUCGUGCGCCAGCACGGAAUAUCACUUGUCCUUACACAUCCCUCACGCUUACAUACGAAUGUGAAUUUGGCCUGAGGAAGCAUGACCGUGUGGACAGGCUUUAGUAUAUAACUAACUGUCACUAUGUGUGUUAAACAGUUUAUUAGCGUGUAAAAUACAGUGAUAUGCGCGAUGACGUUAUUGAAUUUA